AAAUUUCGAUCCUUAAUUCUGCAAAGAAGAAGGUUUUGACGUUUCGCACAUCACGUGCUGUUCUUGCUCUGCAGAUUCGGAAUUGGAUUAUGGCGGAGGAACAUUCGAAUAAUUAAAAGCGAAUAUGCUUUGAUUAUGCCAACGGCGUAUUUUCUUCGCGGUUCUUUCUUAAGCGAGUUGCGGUUGCCUAUCAACCAGGCUUACAAUUAUGGUGACUCGCUCUCUCUGAGAUUAAUGGCGUCUUCAGGUUGUUGAUUACUCACCAUCAAUAUUGUCGUUAGGUUCUUUCUUUGAUUUGAAUUGGUUGACUGUUUCAACAUUGAUUAUCUCCGUGGUUUAUCAUCUGAGUUUCGUGUAAUAAUUGUUGUAAGUGAGACACUGGAGAUUAAAUCGAUUGAUUGAUUGGUUGAAUCGGUUGAUUCCGCUUGUUCUUGAGAUCGUAGAAUUGAAAAUUUGUGAUCUGGGUUAGUUUCGUGUGUAGUUUAGUUUCUCUUUAGUUUUAAGAGUUUUGGAGAUAUAUGAUUGGGGAUAUUGAGCUUGAACACUGGACGCACGAUUUUAUUGGGGGACUUCUACAGGUUAUUAUAUGAGGGCCAAAUUUUGAGAUUUGUGAUCCGAGUGAUCUCAGGAAUCACAAUAUUGGACCAUGAACGCAGUGGGGAUACUAGGUAGCUACAUUUCAAAGGGUGUUUAUACCGUUUCUGGGCCAUUUCAUCCUUUUGGUGGAGCUGUGGACAUUGUUGUGGUCGAACAGCAGGAUGGUAGUUUUAAAUCAUCGCCUUGGUAUGUACGGUUUGGGAAAUUUCAAGGUGUUUUGAAGACAAAGGAGAAGGUGGUCAGCAUAGUUGUAAAUGGGGUUGAAGCUAAUUUCCAGAUGUAUUUGGAUCAUAAAGGAGAAGCUUAUUUUUUGAGGGAAGUUGAUGUUGAAGGAGAAUCUGGAUUAUAUCCUUCAUCUUCAGGCGAUGAAGCUGAUGGGAAAUUGCUGCAGGAACUGGAUGGUAGGAGGAUCCUUAGUUCAAAAAGUUGCAACUGUGAUACAAGGAGUUCAAUAGAUGGGAUUGAGAAAAGUAAUGAUAAAGGGAAGAUAGUGACAAAUACUACCUCCCGGCGACAGAUACUUGGAUUUGUAUGGGGUCGUAAAUCAAUGAAAGAAGAUCAUCAUAAGGAUACAUCUGUUGCAAGGGUAGACUCACUAGAACGUGCUGAGAUUGCAGCUGAUCUUUUAGAGGUUAGGUGGUCUACCAAUCUUCAUGCGCAAAAGCUUGAGAAAUCAGAUUCUUCCAAGUUUUCUUCCAUUGACACUUCAGAUGGCAAGGAUGAGGAAAAAUUGAGGAGAGAUGAUGACAAAAGCCACAUGACAUCAACUGUAGAAGGUAACGUGGGAGAUAGUCUUGAUGAAGAUUGUGAUAAUACCUGCAGUGAGCACAUAACAACUGGCUCUCAAUUGGAAUCAGAAAAGCUUGAGAUGUCUAUUGAGGUAACUAGAGAAAUGUCAAGUUUAAACAUCAAGGAUGAAGUGGUUGCAACUUCCAUUAUAGGGGGAAAGGUUUUUGACGGGACAUAUGAAGUGAAAUAUGCACCAAGAGAUAUCAUACAGAAUGCUGAAGAUACUGUGCAUUCGAUGGGAACCAUCUCUGAAAAUGCAGAUUCCAAGUCCCAAAUUUCAAUGCUAAUGGACCACGAUUCAAAUUAUGGAGAGAACUUUAUUGGACACCACUUACCCGAUGAAACAAAUAUUGCUUCUCAAGUAUUCAACAUGUCCGAAGACAAGAGUGAAUCCGAUGUAGUGCAAUCCUUAAUGUUCUAUGAAACUUCCAAUAGCUUAAUGUUGAUAAGGGAUGAUUCAAGGGUACUGACUGAUGAAGUCUCCCACCUGGCCAAUGGAGGAUCUGGGAUCGUUGAUGAUCGAACUGAGGGAUUGCACUUGACAGCUGAAGUUCAUCCUGAGGAUACAGAUUCUAGUGCGGUAGGAGGAGAUUUUGAAAUUGAGACUGAAAAAGUCGAAGUCCUUGUGAACUAUUCUCAACAAGUAGAUCAUUGUAAUAGUUCUGUCUAUGAAGGCAACACAAUGGACCAAGAAAAAACACCGACACUCGAAGCUUCCUAUACUCAAAUAGUGUCCACAGAAGAAAUGCCUGGUUCUGUUAAAGAAUUGAAGUCUGAUAGCAUGGGUUUAAGUUUCAGCUCAGAUUUUCAAGAUGAUAAAAGUGUAGAUGGAACUGGAAGUGUCACCGGCAAGUUCCAAAAUUCUUUGAGUUCUAUUGGUAAUAGAAUCAUAACAAAAGAAAGUCAGAUAAUGCCAUCAACGAAUUCAGAUGAUGAACAAUUCCUUUUCAGUGAUAUUGAUGUUUCAAAAACUGAGGUAAAUGGGAAUAUAGAGUCAGAAAGGCAACGUUUCAAUGAUAAAGAAGAUUAUCCAUUAGUAUAUCCAAGUAGCAUUGAUGAAGAGGAUAGAUUUGUAAAUAGAAGUUAUGUGACAGACAGUUCUCUUUCUCUAGAUAGUCACGAGAUCUUCAAUCAGGGGAUUGCAAGUCCCAUCACAAUUCCUCCAAGUCAUCCAAUUUCUAAUAAAGAAGUUGAGCGUCUGGCAGCAUCACUACCCAAUAUGCAGGCUGUUAUUGAUAAUCCAAUUGCCUGUAAGAUCAAUCAUCGUUUAAGCCAUUCUGUGGACUCAAAUUCCAAAUCGUUGAAGUGGAUGGAAUUCUGUAAAGAUAAUGCAAGCUCCAAGUCUGGUGAUGAUGGAAAAGAGAAAGUGGCAGAGGAGCGGUCAAAAUCCGGAGAAUUCUUGGUUUCAGAAGAACUUAAAAGUAUUAUUCCCAACUCUAGAGCGGGUAGUCCUGUAAAAGCAACCGUUGACCCUGUCGGAAAUUGGAAACUUUGGCCUUUCUCUUUCAAAAGAUCUAAUUCUAGGAAAGGAAGCGAAUCAGCUGUUGAUGGUUACAUAGAUUUUGAUAUUAAGAAGGCUUCAGAUAGGAACAUUGGAAUAGAUGGAGAAGCAAGCAUCUUUAAGCACAAGGUAGAGAAACAGAUGGUUAAAUCCCUCUCGCCGACGUCUGAGCAGCUGGCAUCCUUAAAUCUCAAGGAAGGGGGAAACACAAUAACUUUCACAUUUUACACUGCAGUGCUGGGGAAACAGCAGGUUGAUGCUAGGAUUUAUUUAUGGAAAUGGAAUACGCGCAUAGUGAUAUCAGAUGUGGAUGGGACAAUAACAAAAUCGGAUGUUCUGGGUCAAUUCAUGCCCUUUGUUGGAAUGGAUUGGUCACAAACAGGUGUCACAAAUUUAUUUUCUGCUAUUAAGGAAAAUGGGUACCAAUUGCUUUUUCUUAGUGCACGAUCAAUUUCUCAAGCCUAUCACACCCGCCAGUUUCUUUUCAACCUUAAGCAGGAUGGGAAGGCUUUGCCAGAGGGGCCUGUUGUUAUCUCCCCUGAUGGGCUUUUCCCUUCACUAUAUCGUGAAGUUAUUCGGCGGGCUCCUCAUGAGUUCAAGAUUGCCUGCUUGGAGAGAAUUCGAGAACUAUUUCCUCCAGAUUGCAAUCCAUUUUAUGCUGGGUUUGGAAACAGGGACACGGAUGAAUUUAGCUACCUUAAAGUUGGAAUUCCAAAAGGAAAAAUCUUCAUUAUUAAUCCCAAGGGGGAGGUGGUUGUAAACCGUCGUGUCGACACAAAAUCUUAUACUUCACUUCACACUCUUGUCAAUGGCAUGUUUCCCCCCAUGACCUCGUCCGAGCAGGAGGACUUCAAUUCAUGGAAUUACUGGAAACUACCACCUUCUUUGGUGGAUUUUUAAAGUUGCCUGCCUAGAAGAUUCCUGUUACAUUGGAGAUCCUUGAAUUUGGGCAUCAAAUGUGCUCGGUGGGUGUUCUUAGCUAAAUUCAUUGGUAGAGAUUAUUAAACUUCUGGAUCCAUUGCUGAUUACCCAUUGUUUCCCAUAAAAAAAUCAUCUGCAGAAUCAGUUCAUAUUUUAUACUGAUAUCUGCUGAGUCGAAAUUUUUGUGUUACAUACUGGAUAUAAUAUUAUUGUAUAGUCUGAUGUUAUCAUCCACCAAGAGUUUAGCUUUUGUAAGUAUGUAGUUUAAAUUCAUAGAUAAAUAAUUAAGCUCCAUAAGAUAUGUAUUUAUUUCCCUGAGGAAGAAAGUAAGGAACAAUCCUUGAAAUGUGAAUAAAUUCCCAUUUCUGUUUGCUUGUUUGUACAAAUAAAA